CCGGUCCCAGCAGCCGCCCCGGCAGCCGGCGGCUCCUGCCCGCUCCCGGAGCCGCCACAGAGCUCCCCUGAGAGCCGGUGCUUGGGCGUGUGUGGAGAGGUGGGCUCGGUGAGGCAUCCCAAACCCCCCACCCGACCUUUUGACGCUGAGUGGCAUGAACUUGGAACCAGGUGAGUGCGGGAUGAACUCGGUGAGCUGCGGCAACGGGAAACUUCGCCAGUGGCUGAUCGACCAGAUCGACAGCGGCAAGUACCCGGGGCUGGUGUGGGAGAACGACGAGAAGAGCAUCUUCCGCAUCCCCUGGAAGCACGCUGGCAAGCAGGACUACAACCGCGAGGAGGACGCUGCCCUCUUCAAGGCUUGGGCUCUUUUCAAAGGGAAGUUCAGAGAGGGCAUUGAUAAACCAGACCCCCCUACCUGGAAGACAAGAUUAAGGUGUGCUUUGAACAAGAGCAAUGACUUUGAAGAGCUGGUGGAGAGAAGCCAGCUGGACAUCUCAGAUCCCUAUAAAGUGUACAGAAUAGUGCCAGAAGGAGCUAAAAAAGGUGCAAAACAGAUCAGCCUGGAGGAGCAACCAUUAAUGAUGAACCACUCCUUUCCAAUAACAUCUCCUUACACUUCACUACCAUCUCAGGUACCAAACUACAUGGUGCCCCACGAACGGAACUGGAGGGAGUUUGCCCCGGAGCAGCCACAUCCUGACAUUCCCUACCAGUGUGCCAGUGUCCCCUUUGCAGCUCGCAGCCAUCACUGGCAAGGACCUGGCUGUGAAAACGGUUGUCAGGUGACAGGAACCUUUUAUGCUUGUGCCCCUCCCGAGUCCCAGACUCCUGGCAUCCCGAUCGAGCCAAGCAUAAGGUCUGGUGAAGCCCUCGCCCUGUCAGAUGGCCGACUCCACAUCUGCUUAUAUUACCGUGAAAUACUGGUCAAGGAAGUGACAACUUCUAGUCCUGAGGGUUGUAGAAUAUCCCAUGGCCAAAGCUAUGAGGUCAGCAGUCUGGAGCAAGUAAUCUUCCCUUAUCCAGAGGAUAAUGGCCAGAGGAAGAACAUAGAAAAACUGCUGAGCCACUUGGAACGAGGAGUAAUACUGUGGAUGGCACCUGAUGGCCUCUAUGCUAAGAGACUUUGCCAAAGCAGGAUCUACUGGGAUGGGCCUCUGGCACUCUGCAGUGACCGCCCCAACAAGCUGGAGCGAGACCAGACCUGCAAGCUCUUUGACACUCAGCAGUUUUUGGCAGAGCUGCAAGCCUUUGCUCACCAUGGACGUCCACUGCCACGGUACCAGGUUGCUCUGUGCUUCGGGGAGGAAUUUCCAGAUCCACAGAGGCAGAGGAAACUAAUUACAGCCCAUGUCGAGCCAAUGUUUGCCAGGCAGCUGUAUUACUUUGCUCAACAAAACAGUGGACAUCUUCUGAGAGGCUAUGACUUGCCAGAACUUGUGACUAGCCCAGAGGAUUAUCACAGAUCCAUUCGCCACUCCUCUAUUCAAGAGUAA